AUGAACGAGAUCUGUGGUUCAUUAGUGGUGACGUUUCUUCCUCAUGCUUCAUUUUAUAGCAGUAUCGUUGAUGAAUGUAAUGGCGAUGAUAGCAUGGAUGGCAAUCAGCUGUCUCCAUGCUACUAUUCAAUGGCACGUAGCUCUGCAAAAGGGCGGUCAUGUUUAAGUUCCCUCGGUCCGUGUACAUACGAUGAAAAAGAUGCUUUGGAUGAUCGAGUUUUCAAUCCACAUGAAGCUCUCAAUGCAUGCAUCUCCUGUGGAAUACAUUGUCAUCGGGUUUGUGCCGGUCCGCCAUGGUCCUGUUACAAUCCCGAUGGAGAGGGAGAGGAGGAAAAGUGGCAGUGCGAAGAUUGCAGGUGA